CGCCGCUUUACGAACACAAUGGGGAUAUGGACAGACGAGCUCGACGUCACGUGGCUUCAAGAACUCGUGUACCAAGUGACGGUCCUCGGGAAGAAGGCAAACAGCGGGUACAAGAAGGAGGCGUGGACGGUGGUCCUCAGCAAGCUCAACCGCUCGCACAAUGUGGCCUUGAAGAUGUCUCAGAUCAAGUCGCGACACGACAUCGUGAAAGGCAUGUACGGUGUGCUGUCUAAGAUAGUCAACAGCAGUGGCAUGGGUUGGGAGUCCGAAACGUGUCGUAUUCAGUGUCAAGCGACCACAUGGGAUGCGAUGCUUCAAGGCAAGCCAAAAUCGUGGGCGAUGUGGCGAAACAAAUGA